GAAAAGUCCAGUGAGGAUUACUCGCACAACAAAGUACGAAGAUGUACUAAGUAGUAGUAAAAGCGCCCUGUCGUCGUGUCUGUGUGGUGUCUCUAGUGGGGAUGUGCUGAGCGAAGUAGAGUUUUUUCUGAUGAAUGUGCUGCGCCUUCCAACUUUGUUUCUGUGGUGGUCUCCGGCUGCGGAUGGUCAUCUACGGCAUUUUUUUUUCCGUUUCACUUUACUUCGUCGUAGAAAACGAAAAGGCAACAUUAAGCCCACGAGGACUAGUUGUGCUUCAAUUUCCAGUAACAAACUAUCGCUCUUCCUUUUAGUUUUGGCACGUCCAAGUUCUAGGGAUAGUCACCGACAUUGACGUACGUGUUUUCUUUGCGACGUAUCGCCACCGAGACAGCUGAGCAAUAGUCUGACUGUAGUUGUACGAAAAAUCACGGCAUUUUGUUUUUGCAAGACUGCAAGCGUUGCUCUUGCUGCAAUAUCAGCAUAUAAAUCUUCCCAGUUUGGACCAGUCCUGUAGCUGUAGCUCACUAACAACCCACGCUCGCAAGCCAUUGAUAAGAGUACCUCCGGUGCUUGUCUGCAGGAACGUUCUGAAACAUUCUUGAUACACGACCAAUCCAUAUAAUCGAGCGCUUUGCUGCCCGCCCGGAAGCAUCAAGCCCACGCCCACCUCAAUUUCCUCACAAGAACGACAAUUGCUCUAUAAUUCACAAACAUACACAUUCACAUAGUUGUUAGUUGCACGACGAGAGAAGUUAAACCCUAUUCUUUCUGCUCACAGUCACAACCACAAAAGCCGCAAAAAUGGCUGACGCAAAGGCUGCCCCGAAGAAGGAAAAGGACAGCGAGAUGGUCGCUUUCCUGAAGGAUUUCGCGAUCGGCGGUACCGCGGGCGGUAUCUCGAAAACUUAUGAACUGCAAAAGUAUCGUACUCGUUGUAAUUGCAAUCAUGCAUUACAAAUUUGUUUCUCAAGGUAAAUCCGCAUGACAAAUUUUAUUUCUCAUGCUGAGGGAAUUUGUCAUGCAUUUAUACGAGUGCGAUUAUACGUUUGCAAUGCAUAAAGCCAUCGCCGCACCGAUCGAGCGAGUCAAACUGCUGAUUCAGACACAGGAUGCCAACCCGAAGAUCCGGUCGGGGGAGGUGCCACGGUAUACCGGGAUCAUGAACUGCUUCACACGGGUGCACGCCGAGCAGGGAAUGCUGGUAAGUAUGAUUUGAAUCCUUUAUCUAGAAUUAAGUUAAAUUAAAAAUAAUGUUGAUGCUCAUCAUCUUGCAGUCUUUGCAUGACAAAAAUCUUCGCUUAUGCCCACCCAGCAUGACAAAUCGAAUCAAAAAAAAUUAUCAGUCCUUCUGGCGCGGAAACGGGGCUAACGUGAUGCGAUACAUCCCCCAGCAGGCGUUUAACUUGUCUUUUAAGGACACCAUCAAGAAGCUGUUCCCGAAGUAUAGAUUUGUUCUCUCGAUGCUAUUUGCUACAUUGUGUUGCAUGCAUGACAUGUUCUUUUCGUCUGUGCUGUCUAGCAUGACAAAGUCAAAGUUCUAUUUUCUCAUAAAGGUACUCCCCAAAAACCGACUUCGGCAUGUUCUUCGCGGUGAAUUUAUGGAAACGAAGAAGCUGUAAAGGAGUCACGAUUUGUCAUGCGAAGCACGCAUCAGUGUACUAUGUUGAGUAUGGUGUUUACAACUUUAUGAAUUAUUAUGCAACCCUCGCAUGACAAAUUAUGACAGUGACUCUUUUUAUCGUUUUCCGAUUGAUAACCGCUUGCGUCUGCGGGUAUGGCCGCUGCUGGCUCCCUGUCCAUCUGCUACCCAUUGGAUUUCGCACGUAUAGUAGUAGAAGACGGAAUUUUAGUUUUUGGAUUUGUGUUCCAUGAAAUGAUUGAAAGUUGCGCUUGUGAUGCAUAAACUGCAUGACGCGUCGCUGCUCUUGUAGUUGCCGGCUGAAAAUUCUACGUCUACGAUAGGCAAUUCGGCAUGGCAAGUAACAAAUUUCUUUUAGGUACCCGUCUCGCAUCCGACGUUGGUGGCGGGAAGAAAACCUUCAACGGUAUCGGGGACUGCAUCAAAAAGACAGUGGCAAACCAGGUAUUUAUUUUUUCUGGUCCCCGAGGACCGACUUGGACUUGGACUUGCAUGGUAUAAUGAUUAACAAGGUGGUAGACACUAUGCGUUGAUCUUGAUAGAGGAAUUCGAUUUCCUCGCGCAGGACGCAUGUAAUCAUAUGCCGCUUGAUCAUGAGACAGAGACUGAAUAAAGAAGAACAGAAAGAGAACCAGAAAAAUUUUUCCAUUCGUAAAAGGGAAAGUUUAAGAUGGAUAUUAACGCAAAACAGGGCAUCGCGGGUCUCUACAAUGGGUUUGGCGCCUCCGUCGCUGGUGUCGUGGUGUACCGCGGGUUAUGACAAUCUCAAAUGUUACAUUCUCAACUGUUACAUCAUCCAUUUGCGAUGCAAGAGUAGCAAAAGCGAAACAAGGGGGGAGAUUUUUCAGAUUGCACCUCUCGCAUUACUUUUACUUUACAAAUUUCGCGCGCAGAUGCUCAUGCUGUUCGGCCCAUUAUUUCGGGAAUUUGUCAUGCGCAGUAGUAAUUGAUCGCGUGGAGGUGGAGGGUGAUAGCAAAUUUGCAUGACAAAUCAUGUAACGGCUGACAAUGUAACGCUUGAGAACCCCAUACGGGUUGCAGAUGGGUUUUAUGGAUAGCAUUUAUCUCAGGAAAUGACGACAGUUUCUACUUUGAGUCAAGAAGUAGGCAGAGUAGUCAUAGUCUAGCUUGUCAUGCGUCCACGACGUGACGCUUAAGCAUAAUAUGCACCUUAGUACCGACAGAACCAAUGUUGUGGCGUCAGGGGAACCGCGGGAAGUUUGACAAACCGAUUCAAUGACUCUUGGCUCAAAGGUCGUGAAAUAGUUUGUGAUGCAUAACCGCAUGGGCCUGAACCCGUGGCAGAAGGACAGAGGGAUUCUCGGGUUGGUCACCUGCUUCGUCGCUGCACAGGUAUAAUUGCUUUUUCGGCAUGACAAAACGCUUCACGCAUGUGGUUUCUGGCAAUACAAAUGUCACUGCGAUGAUGACGAAAUCAAUUAUCUUGUCCUUGUGUGUCGAGUACUAGUUAUUUUUACCCUGUCCCGCCGCAUGACAAAUUUCAUUCAGGUCGCCGGUGUUGUCGCCCGUCCGUUCAACUAUCCGUUUGAUACCGUCCGCCGUCGUUAUCACAAUGAAUUUUGUGUAGCUUGUCAUGCGCUUUGUUGCACAAUCAAAAGGUCGUGACGUGUGUCAUGCAAGAUUGCGAAUGACAGACUACACGCUAUUCUUCCGUCCCAUACGCUCCUGCAGAUGGAAUCCGAGAAACCAAUGGCGGAUCGCAUUUACAAGGGCACGCUGCACUGCGCCACCACCAUCGUGAAAACGGAGGGUAUCACCGGGCUCUACAAGGGCAUUGUCGCGGAUGUCGUGCGUGGUGCCGGUUUAUGAAAGUGAACAACACGUGCCCGCUCCAUCUCAUUUGCAGCAAGCAGGGCAACUGCAUGAGUAACAAUACAAGCUGCGACCACUUCGUGAGAGCCCCACCUAUGUGUAGCUGCUUAGUAACUUCGUGAUAUUCCAAUCACGCCCCUGCAUAUCGUAGUUAGCCGGGCUGUCGAGGUGUAGUACCCACUUGUGCUUCAACUUCAUCAGAAACUUGUCAUGCAAAAGAUACAAGGAUAGGGACGCCGAGUGGCGCACUUUCAUACUCCUCCGCCUUGGUCCUGGUCGCGUACGAUCGUAUCAAGCUGUUGCUGGACUUGUAA